CGCUCCCAUGGAGUCAGCGAGUAAGGUAGCUGUGAGGGUAGACAAGCCCGUUGAGCCUCCUUGCCUGGGCCCUAACCCGGGUAACUAACUCAGGCUGCCCCUCGUCCAAAGGCGGGACGCACCCAGCAGCCAAUCAGACGUUUCCUUAUAAUCCGCCCCCGGCGAAGAGCCGCGGAGCUGGAGGGACUCAUCGGGCUCCAGGCUGCCGAGGCGGCCAGCAGAGGCGAGCGCUGUGUGCGGUACGGACCCGUUCUGCUGAAAUCGGAGCCAGUCCGCUUUGCGGUGGCGGUGCGGGGUGGGCGCGCUGGGAGAGGCGCAGCGUCUUUCUGGCGCAGACCCGGAAGGUUUUGCCGCUGUAAGGGGCCAGGAUCAGAAUCGACACAGCGUCCUGGCCAGUUUGGCUGCUUCUUUCCGCUCUGUUGCAAUGCAGUUUGCUGCGAGGAGGCUGGGAAACCUGCCGAAACGCAGAUGUUGGGUUGGCUGACAUCGCUGAGGGAGCGUUUGGAAGGUGUGGGGCACUCGGCUGUCAGAGGCUGUAUUCUGAGCCGGGACUUCUUAGCUCGACUGCCAGCUGCUGUGAAAGCUGCAGUCCCGCCCGGCAGGGCAGCGGCCGCGGAUUCCUGCCCCCCCGGAGAGCGUGGGGAAAGAACCAGUUUGGAAGAUGGACGUUAGCAGGUGUAAGAACAAGGGAGUCUAGAGCCCGUGUAGGCCAUAGGAGACAGGCCAGGGCUGUGGUACAGAUACACAAUGUCUUCUGGAAACAUCCAGAAAUCCCAGACAUUAAUUAAACCAACAUUCAGUGAAAAAGAAGCCACUGAAUUAGUUGAAAGGGUGUUUGGAUUAAAAGUAUCUGCGAUCGGAUCACUCCCCAGCUAUGAUGAUCAGAAUUUUCACAUUCACGUUUCAAGAAGUGAGGGAACAGCAAACUGUGCUGACGAGUAUGUUCUCAAAAUCACCAACUGUGAAGAUAGCCAGAAUCCUGAACUCAUUGAAGUGCAGACCCAGAUCAUGAUGUUUUUGAAUGUUGAAGGGUUUCCUUCAGCUACGCCCCAUCUUACUAAAGACAGUAACAUAAUGUCUCUAGAAUCAUUAGGUACUGGCUCUAUGACAAAAAAGUACAUGGUGAGACUGCUGACCUACCUCCCAGGCAUGACCGUGGCAACAAUCUCUACAAAUCCUCACAUUUUAUAUGAGAUUGGGAAACUAGCUGCCAGAUUGGAUAAAACUCUCACAGAGAAAUUCCAUCAUCCAUCAGUAAAAAGUCUGCAUCGAGGGAAGUUCAUUUGGAACUUGGCAAAUGUUCCUCUUCUAGAGCAGUAUAUUCAUGCCCUGGGCCAGAACAGUUAUCGUGAAGUUGUGGAGCAAGUUAUUCAGCAGUUCAAAGAUAAAAUAGUACCCAAGCUAAGGAAUUUUCGAGCCUGUAUCAAUCACGGGGACCUCAAUGACCACAAUAUCUUAUUAGAUUCCAACACCGCUUCACCAGAGAAUCCACAAUAUAGAGUCUCUGGUAUUUUGGACUUUAGUGACAUGAGCUAUGGUUACUAUGUAUUUGAAUUAGCAAUAACUAUCAUGUACAUGAUGAUUGAGAGCAAGGAUCCUCUUAGUGUGGGAGGACAUGUUCUUGCAGGGUUUGAAAGCAUUGUACCAUUGACAACAGAGGAGAGAGACGCCCUGUUUCUCUUGGUGAGUGGUAGAUUUUCUCAGUCACUUGUAAUAGCCUCAUACACUUCCCUCUUGUAUCCUGAGAACAAAGAAUACCUAAUGAUCACAGCAAAAACUGGAUGGAAACAUUUAUUAAGAAUGUUUGACGUGGGCCAGGAAGCUGUAGAGAAGAUUUGGUUUGAGACUGCAAAAGCAUAUAUGAACAAUGAACUUGUGUAGCUUUCAUACCUUUAUUACAGACACAAAUGUUCAUAUACUUACAAGUAAAGAUGCACCUAACAAUUUAUGUAAUUGUACAAUUUGUAUUCACUACAUUCUAAAAAGUAAUUUUAAGAUAAAAUAAUGCAUUGUGAAUGUUUUCAGAGAUGUAUCAAUGGCUCUUAAGACAAUGAUUUUUUUAAAAAAACUACAAGAUGUCUGCUCAUGUUCAGUUACCAGGAUGGUGCAUGCACACUGAAUACUUACACACCCAAAUAGCCAGUCAUGUAUAUGCCUAGAGAUACUUGGUUUGCUAAAUGUGCAUUGAAAUUGUACAUUUUUUUUCACAAGUAAUUGCCUGUGUACAGUUUAGAAAAUUGGGCUCAACAUUGUUACCUAGCAGCUCUGUGUUCUUGGGGAACCAGGGCGCAGUACCCAGCCUGUCUGACUCAUGGAAGACCUCCCACCUUUUCUCCUGUCUCCCCCCGAACCAAAACCAAUCAGAAGAAAGACUUACAAAAA